UGCCUUUGUGAGAGCCGUAAAGGGAAGGCUCUCCAACCCCUUGGGAUAUGCUAGAGUGUAAAGCACCUGAAUGAUCACGCAAAACUCCAUGCGCAGAAGAUUUAAUACCUCCCUCAAUCCCUGCCCCAUCACAAUUUAGAGCAACUUCACCGUGUUUGAGAAAAAUCCUACUGAUAGCCUAUUAGUUACAUUAGCCAGAAUGCAAUCAUCAUGACUCAGCUUCCAAAGAAAGCUUUUUCGAUCAAACUGGAUGAAGCCAAUUUCUCAACCUGGAAGAAGGAAGCCUUGGAAGAAAUCCAAGCAAGAAAAGUUGAAAAGUUCACCACAGAAGCCCCAGAAACGAAAGAUGGAGGAAGGCCACGCAUGUUUAGAUCAGCUAGAGAUGAAAAUCUUCAAAAGAUCAAUACAGAAUACAGAAAAUGGGAUCAGCAGGAUCAGGUUGUUUAUAGGUGGCUUCUUGCGUCCAUCUCUCCAGAACUUGGUACCCGAAUGGUGGGGUGCCAACGUGCUUUUCAAAUUUGGAAGAAAAUAGAGGCUUUUUGCCUACAAAAAGAAUGUGAAAAGCUACGUAAACAUGUGAAAACUCUUGAGGAUGAAAAUUCCAUGCUCCAACAGAGGCUGAAGAAUCUUGCUGAGGAGUGCUGCAACAAAAACGAUUCCCUAGAGAGGCUGAAGAAUCUUGCUGAGGAGUGUCUGGAGGUCAACAAUGAAAUCGAUGCCAUAGAGAAAGAGCUCAUUGAGAAGUAUGGAGCAGAAGCUUUUAGGAUAUAAGAACGAAAAUUCUAGUGAAGAAUGGAAUAAGAUUAAAAGAAAGUUCUGGUAAACAGCGCGAGGUGGGCAGCGACCAAUAUCAAAGGCUACUUUAAGUGUUGGGAAAAUUA